AUGUCCCCCAAGUCUCCCACCACUACGGUCACUUCCAUCGACAUGGUUUCCCAAGCUCAGGUCCUUGAUCGCUCCAUGCCGCCCCAGAGCGCCGCCUCCUCCGUGUCGCGCCACUCUCACUCCAGCCGGCGACACCGUCCUAGUCGCUCCCACCAUGGGGGUCUUACCCACCAGCCCCAGAACGAUUUUCCCAUCUUCACGCACACGGGCGAUGUCGAGAUUGUGAUCCGCGCAGGGGGGCAGGAGCACCGCUACCUCCUUCAUCGGCUGAUAUUGGCGCAAUGCUCCGGGUUCUUCGAGGCCAGCACCCGCGAGGAGUGGUCGCGACAAGCUGUCCCGCGGCCACCGAACCUGGACACGGGGGUCCUGUCGAGAAUCAGUGAAGACACCUCUUCGCUGUCGAACGGGUCCACUCUCGCCCAGUCGGAGAGCGGAGGAUCUGCUUGGUCGGUCGAGAAAAGACGGUGGAGGUACGAACUGGACUGGGUGAACAAGGCGGAGGACGAGGAGCCAAUUCUGGUGCAGAAGCCACCAAGCUUUUCCAGCGCCUUUGGGUACGAUGCAGGACAAUACCCUCCAUCCGUGACCAAACCAUCAAACACGCAAACGGGCUUUGUCCGGUCGAUGGCCAACCUGGCCGGGAUGCAGUCGGUGGUGAACCUACCACAUCGAGCCAGCAUGGCCAACCCCCCGACGGAUCCCAUCAUUCGCGACUAUGAUAACUUGUUCCGCCUGUUCUACAAUUACCCGCCCACGAUCAACACUGUCAAUAUUGCGACGGCCUACACGGAGUGCAGGGCCCUUCUCAACCUGGCCGAUAUGUACGACGCGCUGCCUGUGACCGGUCCCCGCGUUGACCACCAUCUCCUGGGCUUUGGCUCUCGAUUGUUCAAGCAAAUCGCCAAGUACCCCCCAAGCUACCUCAAACUGGGUUUCCUUGCACGCAGUCGAGUCAUUUUCUCCGAGGCUCUGAUUCACGUGGUGGGACAAUGGCCGGCUGCACUGCCGCACUUGCGCAACGGGCCGUACUCGCCGCUCCCAAAUUCCGUGCUGGACAUCAUUGAGGAUAAGGUGGAGGACCUAGAGGACCUGAAAGCGCGUAUUGAUUCAAAGCUCCUGCGGCUCACCCUGACGACCUCACGUGGCGAGCGUGUCAGCCCAACGAACGCCUACCUGGACUGGCUGGCUGUUUCCCUCUUCCGGCAAUGGCUCGUCGAUAGCACGACACCUCCGCCGACUCCCAUCCUUAAAAAUAGUUCGAAUGCGCAUGCCAGCACCAGCAACCACAACAGUCGCGGCUCGCAGUCGACCAGCCACCGACCAACAGACUCUAGCUCCAAGCCCGCCACCACGGCACCACCCUGGUCCCCAGCGCGCGUCUACCGUCUAAUCGGCUCCUCCUCCAGCCAAGCCUACCUAUCGCACGAGGACCUCAAACGAUUCCUCAAGGUACACCCGACGCCGUCAUCGGAAUCGCUGUACACACGGGAAGUCCUAAAACGGUUCGAGCGCAAGAUGGACGAGAUCAAGCGGCUGGCCCGCGAAAUCGUCAAACCACUCAUGCGCAACUUCCUCGAACUGGACCUCAAGGGCAGCGAAUACAGCGAAGGCGGGCUACCCUAUUUAACCUGCACCAAAGUCGAAGACGGGGAUAUCCCCUGGGAGUGA